GCACAGCGGUGCACCAUGGUAGUUAUAGUCGUAAUGUACUUUCUAACAGUAUUAUAUUAAUCCUUGACAGUAACCGAGGAGACUACAAUAUCUAACAUACUGGCAAGACCUUUUACAGUUGCAUGCAGGUAGCAAUCAAAUUUGUCAGAACAAAAUGUAAACACAUUGAGAAAGAAGAAACUUUACAGGGAAAUCAUUGUUGCUACUUCUGGUAGGCUACUUCCUUUUUACGGAACUUCUUUGAAGAUCUUCUUUGAAGAAGGUCGUUCUUCAGAACGUGCGAGCUUUCUGUUUUAGUUCACUUCAGCUGGGGUGUUUCGGAAGGCAAAGACACACAUUUGACCAGGAAAGUGCUCAGGACCAAGGGUCAAGAGCACUGUGAGAACGCAUCACCUGAAGAUGGCAAAUGACAAGAGCAACGCGUUCGAAUCGCUUUAGGACGCAACAUUGGACUCCAAUUCAGUCAACGAUAUUGAUGUAUAUUCUUUAGAAAUUAUAUCAGCAAAUAAGAAUGCUUUGCAUGCAUGUUAAAUCCAUAGCGUAUUUUUAAUUUUAGUUUAUAUUGUUUUUACUUUUUUCUUUAGAGGAACAAUAUCAUGAAGUUUAACGGGUAUCUAAAGGUUAGAAUUGGUGAGGCGUUGGACCUCAAACCAACUACUUUUUCCCUUCGCCAUUCUACAAUGUUCAACAAAACAGCUCCCACUUUGGACCCUUACAUUGUGAUAAAGGUGGACGAGUACAAAAUUGGACAGACGCAUACAAAGCAGAAAACCAACAUGCCAACUUACAACGAAGAGUUCUGCCUCAAUGUCAACGACGGCAAGCAUAUGGAGUUGGCUGUAUUUCACGAUGCGCCCAUAGGGUAUGACGAUUUUGUUGCUAACUGCACAUUUCAAUUUGAGGACCUGAUGAAAACCUUGAACACAGAAGAGACUUUUGAAGGAUGGGUGGACCUGGAGCCAGAGGGCAAGGUGUUCAUCCUCAUAACACUCAAUGGCUCCUUCAUUGAUGAUGACGCCACGGGGAAGGCCAAGGUGUUCAAGCAGUUCAACAGGAAGAGGCAAGGGGCCGUGAAACGCAAGAUCCAUCAGGUCAACGGACACAAGUUCAUGAGCACCUUCCUACGACAGCCCACCUUCUGCUUCCACUGCAAAGAGUUCAUCUGGGGUGUGUUUGGGAAACAGGGCUACCAAUGCCAAGUAUGCACGUGUGUGGUUCACAAGCGAUGUCAUCAGUUGGUUGUCACGGUGUGUCCACGUAUGAAGAAGCCUGUCAAGGAGCCGACCACCAACCAAGGCUUCAGUAUCAACGUCCCUCACAAGUUCAACAUCCACAACUUUAAGGCUCCCACCUUCUGUGACCACUGUGGUUCUCUACUGUGGGGCCUUGUCAGACAGGGUCUACACUGCAAGAGCUGUAAGAUGAACGUGCACAUCCGCUGUAAGGGAAACGUAGCACCCAGCUGUGGGGUCAACAGUGUGGAGCUGGCCAACAAGUUGGCAGAGAUGGGCCUGCAGGCCGGGGGGUUCUCCAAACGCAAUUCGCUGUCCACUGGAGUGCAGGGCCAGGAGCGGGCCCUCAGUGUGAGGAGAGAGAGUGAAACCCCUCAGCAGCAGACCAGACAUCUGGGCAUCUCUGACUUCACCUUCCUACAGGUGCUGGGGAAGGGCAGCUUCGGCAAGGUGAUGCUGGCUCGGUUGAACAGCGGUGAGCGGGUGUUUGCAGUGAAGGUGCUGAAAAAGGACAUAAUUCUGCAGGACGAUGAUGUCGAGUGCACCAUGACAGAGAAGAGAGUGCUGUCACUGGCCAGCUCCCACCCGUACCUCACUCAGCUCUACUGCUGCUUUCAGACACCGGACCGCCUGUUCUUUGUGAUGGAGUUUGUCAAUGGGGGCGACCUCAUGUUCCACAUCCAGAAGUCCAGAAAGUUUGAGGAGUGCCGCGCUCGCUUCUACACCGCCGAGAUCACCUCUGCACUAAGGUUCCUGCACAGCAAGGGCAUCGUCUACAGGGAUCUGAAGCUGGACAAUGUGCUCCUUGAUAAGGACGGACACUGUAAGCUGGCUGAUUUCGGCAUGUGCAAGGAGGGCAUGUUUGAAGGUGUGGCCACAGGCACCUUCUGCGGGACUCCUGACUACAUCGCCCCAGAGAUCCUUCAGGAGAUGCAGUACGGGCCGUCUGUGGACUGGUGGUCUCUCGGCGUGCUGCUCUAUGAGAUGCUGUCUGGCCACGCCCCCUUUGAGGCAGAGAACGAGGACGACCUGUUUGAGUCCAUCCUGAAUGAGGAGAUCAGCUAUGCAUCCUGGCUGAGUGCUGAGGCAGUCAAUAUCCUGAAAGCUUUCCUGACUAAGAACCCUGCCCGGCGUCUAGGCUGCGUGGCGGCGGAGGGUGGGGAGAACGCUGUGACUAACCACGUCUUCUUCACUGGAAUCAACUGGGACAAGCUGAACUGCAGGGAGCAGGAGCCGCCCUUCAAACCCCGCAUCAAAACUGCAGAGGACGUGAACAACUUUGACCCAGACUUCACCCAGGAGGAGCCCACCCUGACGCCCAUUGAGGAUCUCCUUCCCUCUGUCAACCAGGACGAGUUCCACAACUUCUCCUUCACCUCUCCUGAGCUGCUGGACGACUAGGAGGCCCUGUGUGACCCCCCUGCACCUCUAGACGACUGGGGCCAUACAGGAUCACAAUGUGUCUAGCUCUGGCUAGUUCACUGGCACAGUUGACUGUUUGGCACUGCCUUAGCCUGUAUCUCUAAUUUUGAAAGGCAGUUUAGACUCAGCCCUCGUCACUGUGGUAUAUGACCGUCUGGUUCCCUGGAGGGAGGGAGGGAGGGAGGGAGGGAGGGAGGG